CCAAAGGUCAAGACCAAAAAGACGCAGGCGUCGAAAAGAGUAUGGCCUAGGCCUAUAUUAAUAUUAUUAUAAGCUUGUAAAGUCACAGUUGAAAGCAGUAUUCUUGGGAGGAACAAGUGUGAAAUAAUUGAUUUCCCAGAAUCCUACUAUCCAAUUGUCUAGAAGAGGAAAGAAUCAUCUCCUUACAGAUUCCCCAGUGUGCACUAUAUCCAACCAUUGUCAGGGAAAGGGAAGCAUCAUCUCCUUACAGAAUGCAGUAACAAGAUGAAUGGAGACUAUACAGUUUUUUCCAGAUACAAGAAAUCAGUGUGGUAAUGAUCGGACUAAUGGUGAACAGUUGGACCCUGCAAAAGAGGGAGAAUUGUAAAGGAUUCAGUACCCAGUGUAAAGAGAGAUCUCCCUGACUGAGGAAAUCCACACGGGACUCUGUUAUAAAACAUUAGGAUAAAGAAAUAGAUGUCUGCUGUAAAUAAUGUAUAGAUUAGUGUACCAGAAAUCUGUCACCGUGUCUGGUGUUAGUCGUGGUGAUCACAUUUCACAUCUCACAUCAGACCGGGUCUGGAUCAGUGAUAGACAAGGCAAUCUUAUACUGACAAACACUAAAGGGGAAGUACUAGAUCACGUGACAGAUAGAGGUAGUGAUGUGGGAGGACACACUGUGGAUUCUUAUGGUGAUCUAAUUUAUAUAGACAGUGAAUUAAACAUCAAUAAACUGUCUACAGAGAACAGAGAAAAGACUACGAUAAUACAGUACAACACGUCACCAUGGAUACCACGGUGUGUCUACAGCUCCCCCUCCACUGGAGACCUGCUGGUCGGGAUGUAUAGAUAUACUGAUACAGGGAGAGAAGGCAAGGUAGUGAGGUAUAACUCCACAGGAGAAAACAUCCAGACCAUACAGCACGACAACAUCACAGGUCAGGGACUGUAUAUACAACCUCUCUACAUCACAGAGAACCGCAAUGGAGAUGUUAUUGUGACUGACUAUCUCCGUGUAGUGGUGACAGAUCGUGACGGUAAUUACCGAUUCUCCUACACAGGUCCUCCAUCAGGAUCACGACUAUUACCAUGUGGAAUCUGUACUGACGCGCUGUCACACAUCCUGGUGUGUGAUUGGAUCACCGAGUCAGUACAGAUGUUAGACAGUGAGGGUCACUAUCUGACAGAGAUACAGACACGACAACACGGGAUAAACGAACCAUGGGGCCUGAGUUACGAUGAUAAAACUCACCUACUGUGGGUAGGGUCAGAGUACAACAACACAGUCAACAUAUACAGAGUGGUAGAUACAGACUCUCUGACUGGAGUCCCUCUGGAGAACAUCAAAUGUAAGAAACAUCCCAGAAUUCCCCUGGACCAGUUCUGUACCCCGUGUGGUGUUCCCUUGUGUGUGGAGUGUACCAGCUCUGAGGAUCACAGCAGACAUGAGCUUAGAAAUAUAGAGACAUUGUUUGACAACAUUCACGAAAUAGAAGAUGGGUAUAAACUUUUGAUGUGCCUUCUUCUUUCCAAUUCUUACAAAAUAAACAUGAAAGACGAAAACUGGAUGACAAAAUAUAAUUCUGUUGCCAAAAGUUUUCGUUUGAAGGAAAUCUCAAAGCCAUUUGCUCAUAAAGGUUUCGAAAAAUAUGAACCAAUCCUGAAACUCAAUGAAUCAGAGAUCAGUUAUUCCAGUGAGCUCUUCAAAAAUAUCAGUUUCCUGAAAUUCUCAAAGAAGUCUGACUUCACUGAAAUUUUCUUGACUGGGGCAGAAAAAGAAAAUGUAGCUGAGUACUGUAGAUCGUGGAAUUAUCGGAGAAGAGAAGACGAGGUUUGCUGUUGGUUACUACCAGAUAAAAAUGAGGAAUUUUUAAAACGUCUUGGAGAAGAUAUUUUCACGCACCCAACAAUGGAGGACCAGUCAUUUCGUGAAGUUGUAUUUAAGAAAGUUGGAAUACCAAUGCAGAUCAUCUUAAGGGGAGAUAAAUCUGUGAAGAAUUUCAUUGAGAAUUUAAAGAAAGGGAAGACAACCAUGUACCAUGCCUCUGGAAUGAUAAUAGGGUGUGCUGGUAGUGGUAAAACAACACUGUUAGAGAGACUGAAGGGCAUUGACCUGGAAGAAAUAAAGAAAAACAUCAGUUCAACGAGAGGAGUUGAUAUCCACACAGAUGUCUUUGAUGUGACAGAUAGCAUCCAAGUGAACUCUUCAAGGCAACAGCAACGCUUUAAAAUUACAUUUGAUGAAACCAAUCAACAAAAAAGCGUUUCUGAACAUGAUGUGGGAGUCACUGAGGAUGUAGAAAUGCCUGAUGAAGUGCAAACAGUCGAUGUUGGGGAGGUUUCUCCGGAAGCACCGAAUCGUGGUCAGCUACCUGCAUCACUCGAUGAUUCUAACAUUCCAUCUACCUCAUCUUAUGAAGGAAAACGAGCCUCGUCACCAGAAAAUGUCAGGGAGGUCAUUGAGGAAGGUCAAACUUUGUCUAGCAGUUCUGAUCUAUCUGGAUCUUUACAGAUAGAAUCCAAAGACUUGUCAGAUGACCAUUCAGAUAAAAAAAUUACCAUGACUGACUUUGCGGGGCAAUGUUCAUAUUAUGCCUCACACCAGAUUUUUCUGAGUCCACGGGCAUUCUUCAUUCUGGUUCUGAAUAUGGAGAAGAAGUUUGAGGAUAAGGUUGGAGAAGAAGUGUGCUGUCAGAAGGGCUCCAUUUAUAAGGAAUGGACAAAUAGAGGUUUGUUGUAA